AAGUAGUCGUGGUGGAUGCAAUCUAUUGGCUUCUCAGUGCUGCCGCUAAAGUCACAACCCCGACUGUAGCCCGCACUGCCUUUACCAGUGUAUUUCUGUAGCUGCUGGUGCCGCUGCUGCUCUCCCUCCCCCUUAAAUGGUGUGGGCAGAGUGGGAUGGAAGACUGCAUUGGAAACCUUUUCAUGGAAAUGGUCUUUGCUGUUGGUAUUGCUGUAGCACCAUUCUGGUGACAACAACAUGCCGUUGAAAUGGAAAAGCGGUUCUCCUGUCAGCUGGAAAUUCCCAGUGCCAGUUCUUAAGACAUCCAGGUCCUCACCCCUUUCGCCUGCUUACAUCCACCAACACUCCUUUGUGGUUUGGACAACCCACUCUCUCCUCGCUGCCUGUCCGACUUACCACCUGACGGGAUCCCUCGUGGAGGACGACGACGCUCACAUGAAAGUUGCUCUGGGCUAUGGUGAUAUGGGCAUCUCUGCUCACCUUCAGGCAUCAAAGACUGGAAACACUCGAUUUUUCACAAGCAACACGCACAGCUCAGUGGUUCUUCAGGGAUUUGACCAGCUGAGGAUAGAGGGAUUGCUCUGUGAUGUCACAUUGGUGGCUGGCGACUGUGAUGAAGCUUUCCCUGUGCACCGUGCAAUGAUGGCCUCCUCCUCCGACUAUUUCAAAGCCAUGUUCACAGGUGGAAUGAAAGAACAGGAUUUAAUGUGUAUCAAGCUGCAUGGAGUAAACCGAAUAGGCCUCAAGAAGAUUAUUGACUUUAUCUACACGGCAAAGUUGUCACUCAACAUGGAGAAUCUGCAAGACACACUUGAGGCAGCCAGCUUCUUACAAAUCCUUCCAGUGCUGGACUUUUGCAAGGUCUUUCUCAUCUCUGGGGUUUCUCUGGACAACUGUGUAGAAGUGGGACGCAUUGCUAACACAUACAACCUCACAGAGGUGGAUAAAUACGUCAACAAUUUCAUCCUGAAGAACUUUCCCUCACUGCUGGGCACGGGGGAGUUUGUCAAGCUACCAUUUGAACGCUUGGCUUUUGUACUGUCCAGUAACAGCUUAAAACACUGCACUGAGUUGGACCUGUUCAAGGCGGCUUGCCGCUGGCUACGCUUUGAAGACAGCCGUAUGGACUAUGCCCCAAAGCUCAUGAAGAAUAUCCGCUUUCCUCUCAUGAACCCGCAGGAUCUCAUCAAUCACGUGCAGACUGUGGACUUUAUGCGUACGGACAACACCUGUGUCAACCUUCUACUGGAAGCUAGCAACUACCAAAUGAUGCCCUACAUGCAGCCAGUUAUGCAGUCAGAACGGACAGCCAUCCGCUCAGACAGUGCCCACCUGGUCACUCUGGGUGGUGUUCUGCGCCAGCAGCUUGUUGUGAGCAAGGAGCUGCGUCUCUUUGAUGAGAGGGCUCACGAAUGGAAGGCGCUGGCGCCCAUGGACGCACCUCGUUACCAACACGGCAUUGCGGUCAUCGGCAACUUUCUCUAUGUUGUGGGUGGCCAAAGCAACUACGACACCAAAGGCAAAACAGCAGUGGACACGGUGUUCCGAUAUGACCCUCGCUACAACAAAUGGAUCCAGGUGGCAUGCCUUAAUGAGAAACGUACCUUCUUCCACCUCAGUGCACUCAAGGGACACCUCUACGCUGUCGGUGGAAGGAAUGCUGCAGGGGAGCUUGCUACUGUGGAGUGCUACAACCCAAGGACAAAUGAAUGGACAUACGUUGCCAAAAUGAAUGAGCCACAUUAUGGCCACGCUGGGACGGUGUACGGUGGUUAUAUGUAUAUUUCAGGUGGAAUCACUCACGACACUUUUCAGAAGGAGCUGAUGUGCUUUGACCCGGAUGCCGAUAAAUGGACUCAGAAAGCACCCAUGACGACAGUUCGCGGCCUCCACUGCAUGUGCACGGUGGGCGACCGUCUUUACGUGAUCGGAGGCAAUCAUUUCAGGGGCACCAGCGACUACGACGACGUCCUCAGCUGCGAAUACUACUCCCCCGCCCUCGACUUGUGGACACCUAUUGCCGCCAUGUUGCGAGGUCAGAGCGACGUGGGCGUGGCCGUGUUUGAGAAUAAGAUUUACGUGGUGGGCGGCUACUCGUGGAACAAUAGGUGCAUGGUGGAAAUAGUACAGAAGUACGACCCCGAGAAAGACGAAUGGCACAAAGUUUUCGACUUGCCUGAGUCACUGGGGGGGAUCCGAGCCUGCACACUCACAGUUUUCCCCCCUGAUGAUAUGUCGGGCUCACCCUCCAGAGAGUCGCCGCUCUCAGCACCUUGAUGAGCAAAGGGGGUGAGCCCUACUUCGCUCAUACCCCCGUAACCCUUCCCCACCCCCCGACAGCCUCCCUCAACAAACACACCUUAUAGACUUUGUUUGCACUUCCUUUAUGGACAACAUCUGUACUGCAUCCCAAACUACCCCCCGCCCUCCCAAGUCCACAUCCCCUAAAGCUGUGCAGAAACAAACCCCCCCCCCAAACACACACACAUCUGCGUGAUGAACCUACAUACCAAUAUGGUUUGGCAACCUAAUUACAUGUUGCAUACUUGGUAUAUUUUGGCAGGAAAAAAAAAAACAACAACAAAAAAAACCCAACCUCCACUUGAAAAGUGACUUUGCAAAUCAACUUUUCUACCUGAUGUCCAGACUUUUCUUAUGUCUCGUUUCUUUUGGUGUUCUACCUUGAGAUGUUGACUACCACACUGACUCUCUCUUCUAGUCUAUGCCAGGUUAGACGCAGGUGACCCCCUCCUCAGACAGCAAACGCAUAGGGACCGAUGAGCUUUUGAAAGACAAGUGGUUUUUAACUCAGGGGUUGGCCCAGGCCCCAUCUUCAUCUCUCUUGCAGUUUCACUUCUUUCCUGCUGUUGUUAUGAAACUGUUAACAAAAAUGGUGUUUUCUAAAUUUAAUAAACAUGAUUUUGAAAGUAAUCAAAUAUU